AUGGUUGAAUACAUGAUUGAUAAUGGAUUUGACAUAAAUUCAAGGAGUAUUGAGAUGAAAACACCAAUCUUUGAUGCAAUCGCAUUGAAUCAAUUUGAUAUUCUCCAAUUACUCAUUAAAAGCGGUGCAAAUCUCGAGUUAACAAAUAUUUAUGGAGAAACAGCUCUGAUGUUUGCAUUAUCAGUACUUUCUCGAGACAAGCUUCAAGCUCAUUUAUUUCAGCCUACUACUAUUACAAACAUUUUUGACUGCAUAUCUCACCUAAUCGAUAGCAAUGCGAAUAUUCAUGCCAUAAAUAUAAAUGGUAAUGAUAUAUUCAAGAAUGCCUUACUUAAUGGAAAUAUGUAUUUCAAAAGGGGAAGAAAGUAUGCUAGUUUAUCAGGCAAAAUAAAUUUCGAUGAUUUGGAAACACUUCGCAAAAGGGCGAGAGAAAGUGGCGAAACUUUAUUUACUUUCAUCGUCAAGCAUGAUGAAGAAGUAUUUAUCAACUUUUUCGUGAGUGUUAUUGGAAAUGAUCAAAGAUUUCCUGAUACCAAUCAAGCAAAUAAGUUCGGAGAAACACCUAUCAUGUGUGUUAUUAAAUAUAACAAAAAUCCUGCAUAUUUAACAUUGUUGAUCAGAGGAGGCGCAGAUGCAGAUCAGGAAUAUCAAGGAAAGACACCUUUACAAAUUUGCAUCGAGAACGAAUACACAGACAAAAUAAGAGCAUUUCUCCAAAACGAAUGUUGUGAUCUCAACAAGAAGUUUGACAAUGAAAUGAGUUAUUUCCAUCUCGCAAUUAAGAUGAAUAAGAAACUUUCUAUGCGAGCACUUGCAUCAUAUGUAUUUCCAGAUUUUGUUGACAAAGACGGAAAUUCAUAUCUUCACUAUGCUGCAUUGUCUAAUGAUCGUGAAAUUACAUACAUUUGUCUUCAUGUUCAAGAGAAAUACAUUGUUUACAACAAUGAAAACAUGAGUCCAUUGAUGCUUGCAUCAUCAAUCAACUCAUUCCGAUACAUUGAUCAAUUCAUUGAUUUUUGCGAUAAACACUGGAUUCCUAUCAAAGACAAAUAUCGAUCAUUAGUUCUUUCAGCAAUUCAUCAUAAUCCAGAAUCAUUUAAUUCCAUCAUGACAAUUAUUCAACGUGAAAUUACUUCUAGAACUUAA